AGGACUUCCGUAUCCGGAAUUUACUCUGUGAUCGCGCUAUAUUGGGAGUGGUGAAAAAGCUAGCCAAGAGGUAAAUAUAAUUAUUUUAAAAUAAUUUUCAUGCUUUUAGAACGCUUUCUGUUAGACAAGCUGUUUUAAUCAAGUAAAAUACUCUAUUUGCUAAUUUUCAACAUCUACAUAUAGCAUUUCAACACUUAAUGAACAAUAAAGCAUAAAUACAUAUAAAUUUCCUGCUUUGGUUGACUGCGUCUCUUAUUAGUUGGAAAUAGUAAAACAAUUUACUAUCCUACUGACACUAAGAGCGAACUUAAAUUUUAAUAACUUUAUUAAUUCUAUACGAUUACUUCAUAUAAAGUGGAUGAAUCAUAAACUCAGAGCCUCCUACUCAUUGAUUUUCCCUUAUUUAGGAAGAGUGAGUCAUUCGUACAUCAUCACCAAAAAUAUACGCUAACCUUGAGAUAAACUUGAUUAAGACAGCAUACUCGCAUGAUAAUUGACAGAAUUUUAUGUCAGAUACAAGUAUUUACCUUUGCAUGAUUAAUUUUGAAAUUAAUAGGCCUUUAAUCUGCAUCUUUUCUAUUUUUUAACGGUUUCAGCGUUUUUAUGCUGUAUACACUUAUAUAUUUUUUAUACAUACAAUAUAUAUUUGCGUGCGUAUGCAUAGAAUACAAGCGUAUGAAUGUGUUUUGCGUGCGUGUGCAAAUUACUUAUUAGACAUAAGAAAGAGGUCUAAGCAAUCUGUUUUUGCCCUGGGUUUUUGUUUCAAUCCCUACUACUAUUUAUUUUUUCUUUUUUAUUACUAUUGCUCUUAUAGAUUAGUAGUUUUUCUUUUAGAUUUUUCUUCUUUAUCCUUACAUCUUCUUAUAGUUGAAAUUAGCAACGAUUUCUUAACAAUCUUAACAAUUUUUUACUAAAGAAAUAAGUUAAAACAAAUUAAAGUAAAAUUUAGGAUAUUUUUGGGCAGUACAGAUCGGUUAGGCCUUGCCAAAAUUGGCUAUGUCCUGUUGCUGUAAUAGGCCAAGACAGCCAUCUCCUGUAGAAGAAGUAGUAGCACAUAAAAACGGAAAAGUAAAUAAGGAAGUGGCUGAAAAUUGUGAGAGUGUAAAAAAAUUGGAUAAUAAAGAAACAGAGGAGAUAAUUACCGCUGAAAAAAUUCAACUCAAUUUGAAAGAGUCUAAAGAUUUGAUAAAUGAAAUAAAUCGUACUUCUACAGCUCUUGAAUCGGAAUACAACGAAGAAAUGGCAAAUCGUCUAGAAGAUUUAGUUGAUCGUUUAGAAAAAGUUACGAAUCGAUUAGAAAAAUUAAAUUUUCCCUCAGCAAGCUCAUCUGUUCAAGAAGCAGCGAAAGAAAUUGUUGUUGCUGUUAAUGUUCAAGUCUAUGAUGCUGAAAUUGUUCCUCUUUUGAGAGAAUAUCAAGAUUUAAGUAGUACCAUUGGUGGAGAUGUUGACCAAAUUUCUAGGCGCGUAGCCGAUGCCUUUAGGGAGCAAAGAAAUGUUAUAGAAAUUGCUUGCAAGUCGAAGGAGCCGAGUCAAGAUGGAUUGGCUAAGGUGAUGAAGCCUUUGUCUGAAAAGAUUCAAGGCGUUAUUGCAUUUAAGGAUAUGAAUAGGAGAUCGCAACAUUUCAGCCAUUUAUCGGCUAUUGCGGAAAGUGUAGCUGCUCUAGGUUGGGUCACUGUUAAACCAACGCCUGUUCCAUAUGUUAAAGAAAUGACGGAUGCUGGACAAUUUUAUUUAAAUCGGGUUCUAAAAGAUUUUAAAGAAAAAGAUACAACUCACGUAGAUUGGGUUAAAGCUUGGCUAAAGAUUCUAGGUGCACUUCAGGCUUACAUUAAGCAAAAUUACACAACCGGUUUAACUUGGAAUGCUCAGGGUUGUGAUUCAACUACAAUACUAAAAGCCGGUCCAGCCGUUAAUAAUGCAGCUCCACCACCGCCUCCUCCCUCAGUAGGGGUACCACCACCACCGCCUCCUCCACCUCCCAUGAGUCUUGAGGCAUCUUCGUCUGGAGAUCCGGAAGCUAAUAGAGGCGCACUGUUCGCCGAGAUUAAUAAGGGAAGUGCCAUAACAUCUGGACUGAAAAAAGUAACUGAUGAUAUGAAAACGCACAAGAAUCCUAAUUUGAAAAAUAGACCAGCUGUUGUUAAAGCAAACGUACACACUUCGUCGGCGUUCAAACCAAAGGAAGUAGCUAAAAAACCUCCGUUGAAAGCUUUACAAAACAAAAAGUGGAUAAUUGAGAAUUUCGAAAACGAGACUAUAGUAAUCGACAAAACGGAACCAAAGCAAUCCGUCUAUGUUUACAAGUGUAUCAAUUGUAAAAUUGAUAUUAGUGGAAAAGUUAACUCAGUAGUUUUGGACAGUUCGAAAAAGUGUGGUAUAGUUUUUGAUGAGAUUAUAGCAACAUUUGACGUAAUUAACUGUCAAAGUGUCCAAAGUCAGAUUAGAGUUAAAGCACCAACGGUGAAUAUUGAUAAAACUGAUGGAUGCCAAGUGUAUCUUAGCAGCGACUACAAAAACUCUCGUAUCGUGACAGCAAAAUCUAGUGAAGUAAAUGUAUCGAUACCGGAAAAUAAUGGCGAUUAUAAAGAAACAGCGAUUCCCGAACAAUUUGUAACUGAUUGGGACGGCAGAAAGAAUAAGUUUAUAACUUCAGUUUCUGACCUAAUUUAG